GUCUGUUUGGGCACAGCGAUGGUUAUGAAUGAUGUCCAUAACUUUCUCUCCCAAGGACUGCUUGUGCUGCUCCCAAUCAGCAUCGUGCGCCACGCCAAUACUUCCCCUCUUCGCCUGUGCGUGUGUUGUUGCGUUAGAGAUGGAGAUGGCCGAUUUGAAUGAGCGCCUGAUGGGCGAGGAUGAGGACUUUCCUCAGGAGCCAUCCUCGGAGUACCUGACUGUUGGCGAGGAUGAGAAGCGACCAAGCAAGAUCGAGUGGCUUGUGGGCUGGAAGGAGCUGCGCACCUGGAACCUUGUCCAGGGGUGCCUUGCUGAAUUCAUCGCCACCCUGCUCUUCAUCUAUGUUGGUGCCGGUGCCGUUGUGGCUCAAAGCCAGUUUGUCGUGAACACGACGCCCGACUUCUCCGUGAUCCCCGGCGUGAACGAGACAGCGGGAUACGCACCGCCGGCCGCACCGGAUGCGCUCACCGUCAUUGCCCUCGCUCACGGCUUCACCAUCGCCGUGCUCGUCUCCGCCAUCGCCCACCUCUCCGGCGGCCACGUGAACCCGGCCGUGUCCUUCUCCAUGAUCAUCACGGGCAAUGUGUCCAUCAUCCGCGGCGUCCUGUACAUGGUGCUGCAGACGCUUGGCUCCGUGCUUGGUGCUGCGCUCCUUGCUGCGUGCCUGCCAAAGUCUCUGCACCAGGACCUUGGCGCCCACGACCUCCACCCGAACAUCUCCGCCUUCCAGGGCUUCUUCAUCGAGUUUAUCCUGACGUUUGUGCUGCUGUUCACCAUCUUCGGCAAUGCUGUCGACAAGCGCGGCAGCUCCGUGCUCGCCCCCUUCUACAUUGGCCUUGCCGUUGUCAUUGAUCACUUUGUUGGCAUUCCGCUGACUGGCGCGUCGAUGAACCCUGCUCGCAGCUUUGGCCCCGCCUUUAUCACCCGCACGUACAACCGGCACUACAUCAUCUACUGGUUUGGGCCUCUGUCCGGAGGCGCUGCUGCGGCGCUGUUGUAUCGCCUUGUGUUCCUUCGUGGACAGAGCAAGGUUGUUACCAUCGAGACGGUCUCCGACCAGAUUAAGGAGCUCUCCCACAAGCAAGACUGAGUGAAGCUGACGCUGCCGCUACGGCUACCCCUGGCGUGUCUUCUCACAAACCACACACUCUCCCUUCCAUUCGUUGCUUCCCAACCGUAAACACGCCCACCCCUCCCUCCUUUCUUUCCUUGCCCCUCUCUUCGUUCACCUGCUCUUGCUUGCUUGCUUGCUUGCUUGCUUGCUUGCUUGCUUGUGGUGUGCCUCUGAGUGAGUGCCCAUGUGCCUCCUGCUUGUACACCUCGAACUGUUUGUUAUCUGCCUGCCAUCCCAUUGAACACUGAAUUCAG